AUGGCCGAGACGGACAGGAGCCCCGCGGGGCCCCGGGACGAGCCCGCCGGGUGGGAGGCGGCGGCGGCGGCGGCCCGGAUCCCCGAAGCCCCGGCGUCCGCCCCGCCGCCGGCGCCCUCCGCCCUUCGCUGGCUGCCCGGGGACCCGAGUCCCCGCGGCCGCUCCCAGAGCGACCUGUCGUCCUCCAGCCGGGGCCGCCCGCUCCGGGUCCGCACCUCGGGCUCAGUUGACGGACUGGACAAAGCUUCCAUAGCAAACUCGGAUGGCCCCCCGGCAGGUUCGCAGACACCUCCUUUCAAGCGAAAGGGGAAGCUCUCCACCAUUGGAAAAAUCUUCAAGCCUUGGAAAUGGAGGAAAAAGAAGACAAGUGACAAAUUUAGGGAAACCUCAGCAGUAUUAGAGAGGAAGAUUUCCACAAGACAAAGUAGAGAGGAGCUGAUAAGAAGGGGCGUGCUUAAGGAAUUGCCUGAUCAAGAUGGAGAUGUAACAGUUAACUUUGAAAAUUCAAACGGGCACAUGAUACCCAUCGGAGAGGAAGCUACCCGAGAGGAAAAUGUAGGGAAGUCUGAAGAAGGUAAUGGCUCUGUGUCUGAGAAAACACCACCUCGGGAAGAAAGGGCAGAAGAUAAGAAAGAGAACACUGAAAACCACUCUGAAACACCGACAGCGCCUGCUCUACCUCCUUCAGCUCCUCCUAAGCCUAAACCCAAACCUAAACCCAAAAAGUCACCUGUGCCCCCCAAAGGGGCCACUGCCGGGGUCAGCCACAAAGGUGAUGAAGCGCCUCCCAGUAAAAAAAAUGCCAAGGCUCCUGGCAAGCAGGGCCCCGUCCCUCCACCCAAACCAACAGGCCGAAACACCACCCGAGAGGCUGCUGGCUCUUCUCACUUGAAAAAACCAACUGGUUCCAAAACAUCUGCUUCACCGUCCACUUCAUCCACCUCUUCUCGACCAAGAGCUUCCAAGGAGACAGUUGCUAGCAAAACAGGGACAGUGGGAACAGCAAAGGGCAAGAAAAAAACUGGCAAGCAGUCAUCGGCCUCCAGACUGUCCUUAGACGCCGCCAUACCUGGCCCAUCUGAUCUUAAAGGAGACCCUGCAGAGACCAGCGUGGGGAGCCUCCAACCUGAGCAGACUGUCCCUGAGGCUGAGGAGCAGGCUACUGGCAAAUCCAAGGCCACCGGCCCUUUGCCUCCUGUGACUCCACCACCCUCCUCCCCGGCCCUCCCUCUGCCUCUUGAAGAUCAGUGCAUUAUUGCCUCAGACACACCAGUGGUCCUGGUCAGCAAUGGAGCUGGCCAGCCCAUCUCUGCCUUAGACCCCAGCCAACUCCUUGGGACUGAAGAACCUACCACUCUCUACUCAGGCACUGGCUUAAGUGUUAACAGAGAAAACGCAAAAUGUUUUAUGACCAAAGAUGAGAUGGAGAAGGCAGGACCUCAGCUGCUGGCCCCUGGACUGAUGGGAGAAUCCUCAGAGGAAGAUGGCCCACAGGAGUACCAGGCCACCGACUCUGAUUCAGAUGGCCCCAUCUUGUACACAGAUGAUGAUGAGGAAGAGGAUGAGGAUGAUGAUGGCAGUGGAGAAAGUACUUUGGCAAGUAAGAUCCGGCGGAGGGAUACUCUUGCUAUCAAACUUGGCAACAGACCAUCCAAGAAAGAGUUAGAAGACAAAAACAUCUUACAGCGUACAUCUGAAGAAGAGAGGCAGGAAAUCCGGCAUCAAAUCGGAACCAAGCUGGUCAGGAGACUCAGCCAGAGGCCAACCACUGAAGAAUUAGAGCAAAGAAAUAUCCUAAAACAAAAGAAUGAAGAAGAGGAGCAAGAAGCAAAAAUGGAACUUAAACGUAGACUUAGCCGGAAGCUCAGCCUGAGACCCACGGUGGCGGAGCUCCAAGCUCGAAGGAUCCUGAGAUUUAAUGAGUAUGUGGAAGUCACCGAUUCUCCUGACUAUGACCGCCGGGCAGACAAGCCCUGGGCCAGGUUGACACCUGCAGACAAGGCAGCAAUAAGGAAAGAACUAAAUGAAUUUAAAAGCACAGAAAUGGAAGUUCACGAAGAGAGUCGGCAGUUUACAAGGUUCCAUCGCCCAUAAUGAAGUAUGGGACUGCUUGGAAAUUGAUUGAUCAUCCUUACUGGAAGCCCUGCUUCUGGAAAAACCUGAUAUUGCACUGAGAUGUGAAUGUGUGUGUUUCUGCUUAAUUGUGGCCAAGGAACUCAGCUUUGUUCGAAAGCAUCCUUCUCCUGGAUCACCCAGAUGGGGUCCGUAAGCAACAGAAAAGGUGCAACUAGCCUUGCUGCCCAGAAUGUGAAUUGAUGGUAAGGGACAGACACUCUGGUUACAUGAGCUGUUCUUCAUCAGGAGUGUUCAUCGAAGAAAAUGAGCAGAAGACAAUCACUGGCUCCCUAAUACCAGAAAGCCAAAUGGUAUGGAGUGUGUAGUUUAAAGAAAAAUGAAGAUUGCAAUUGCUGGGCACUGCCAAUGGGUGGGAGUUGAAAAUCAGAAAGAAAAAGAAAAUAUUUCAUUAUGUUAAUGAAGAAAAAGCAAAGCACAAAUGUAUUUUUGAAGCGGGCAUUUGGUAUUUGAGAACUUAAGCGAUUUGGGAAUCUAACCACUGAUAUAGAUUCCUUCAAGACUUGCUAGAACAUUCUUGUCUCACCAUUAAGUUGGUACAGUAUAGUACCAUUAUUUUAUGUUGUGCCAGUGAAUCCAGUUGCCAGAAAUAUGUCUGAAUGUGUUCAUGCCUCUUUUUCUUAAAUGCAAGAAGCUUCUACCAACUCUUACCAAGCAUGCUCAUUGAAAUUUUGUUGCAUGCUUUGCAUAGCUCAGCUAUAUUCACUUGACAUUUCUUACAUACUUAUUCCUACUCGGCCCUCCACCAGGAUAGCAGGACAGGGCAUACAGUUAGAUGUAAUGUAACCCUAUAAAACUGAUACAGACUUCACAAAUAAAUCUUUUGGGCUUACCCUAUCUUGAGUAUCUGGAGUCAAGCAGCUAGUCAAAAAGUUUCUAUUUGAUCUAAGCAAGAUCAUAUCGACAAUCACGAGACCCUUUGUAUAAGCCAGGUACACAUAAGUGCUGCUGGCUGUUAGUUCUGAAGGACAAUGAAAAGGACCUAGUAUUUUUUCAAUGCUGCAUUUAUAUAAAGUUGGGUUGCUGCUAUUAAAAUCAACCAUAUGGGUUUU